GAAAAAUCUGGAAUUUAACGGCUCUCUCUCUCUCUCUCUGAGACCACACCUACUAAGAAACUCAAAACAGUGAAACAGCGCCUCCACCGCUAACCACUACCAACCACUAUACCAUCAUGUGUGUGAAGGACGGAGAGCAAUUUGACCAGGAGUUCGACAGUCUGGAAAACAACAACAAGAGGCCAGUGCCUUUGCAUUGUGAACUGUUGCGUACCCAGAUGGAGAACUGGGAAAAGGAAUCUCCUUUGAUGACUUCAACUGCUCCAAUCAGUCCUGAAAGAUCAUUUCCUCUGGAAAGCAUUUGUGAGGAUGCAGUAGCUGUGGACAGAAAACAGAAACUGUUGAACUUUGUCCCUGUCCUUAGUUCAGGAGAGUGGUCUGAUAUAGGGGGCCGUUCCUAUAUGGAGGAUACCCACAUCUGCAUUGGUGAUUUGGCUAAGAAAUUUGGUUAUAAUUUACUCUCUGAUGAAGUUGUCUCCUUCUAUGGUGUAUUUGAUGGGCAUGGAGGAAAGGGAGCAGCACAAUUUGUCCGUGACCAUUUGCCAAGAGUCAUUGUUGAAGAUCCCGAUUUCCCUUUAGAACUUGAGAAGGUGGUUACAAGGUCAUUUAUGGAGACCGAUGCUGCAUUUGCAAGGACUUGCUCUCUUGAGUCUGCCCUCUCUUCUGGCACAACUGCUCUGACUGCAAUGAUAUUUGGGAGGUAAGUUCAGUGUUGAUUGGCCAUCUUAAU